AUGAGCUAAAAAGAUUUUCCUUAAGUAGCUGCAACUAUGAUUUAAAGAGGAGAAGAUCCUAAAUUAUUAUAUAUUUAAAAUUGCAAACCUAAUUGCAUUCAUUGGGAAUAAAAAUUAAAAAGAUGUGAAAUUAAAUUGAAAUCAUUAGUUAAUGCAGAUCCUGAAAAAUCCUGCAUGUAUCCUUUCAGAGAUUGGAUUACAUGCGUUGAAGGAUGCGUUUAACCAUAAAUUGUUAGUUAACUUGUAGGUGCUGAACAUGGAAAAAUAUUUUGA